UCAUUUACAAACAAAAUUUAAUAAAUUUAAAAAAAAAAAUUAUUUAUACCUACAGUAUUGCCAUAGGUCAUUAAAGUGGUAAUUCCAGAUCGUAAACUGUGAUUCAUAUUACAAAGGACCCAUUAUCGUAAAAUGCACUAGGGUGUGUAACAGAAGUGAUUAGAUAUUGAUGAAGCAGAAUUUGCCGUCAAUUUUGCGUCAAGGUCCCUUUAUGUCCGAUUUCCAGAUUCAAAGACACAGGAUAAAUAAUCCACUUAGCUAUAAUGACCUUCUGGUUGACAAUAAUCAACACACUCGCUACGCCCGGUCCCCGAGCCAUGGCAGUCAGAUUUUCCUUUGCUGGCCCGAAUUCUGCUACAAUUAAAGCAUCAUGCAAUCGAUGAAUGUUGUCAUUAUUAAGGAGUCUAAAUGAUAGUCAAGUGGCGUCCAAUAAAAGUUGUCACUUACCUGAUGAGAUUGACGAGUGACGACAGUCGCCAUUACAAAACCACAACUGAUGGACAGAGGCAAAGUUCUCGCAAGAUUUUCAGUGCGUUGGAUUGGUUUUGUAAGCAGCAUAUAGAAAUCACAGAAACUCAAACAUUGGAGUUAUAAUGAGUUCGUGUUUAUCUUAAUGCUUUGAAAAGAAAUUAAUAGGUGAAUUUCGAGAGAUGCGAAUUAUUAUCAUGGUCACUUAUAUAGUUGGACCUGUAAGUGGGAUAAUAAAUAUUACAGAUCUAAACAAGACAGUGCCAGGAAAUGAAACCAAUUCACGUAUAGCAGGCACUGACAAUGAACUUUAUUUUUCAACCGGUGAACUCGUGGCAGAGGGACUAGUUCUGACUGCCAUAUGCAUUCUAGCUAUUACUGGAAAUACUUGUAUGUGGAUUAUAGUCAUUCGGAACAAAGAUCUAAGAACUGUCACAAAUUCUUUUCUGCUGACUCUAGCAGCGGCGGACUUAAUGGUGUCCAUUAUAAACAUGCCGGUGACAAUUUUAACCAUUUUCAGGGGUCAGUGGAUAUUUUCGGAGACUGCAUGUACAGCGCUGGGCUUCAUAAAUAUGUUGACCCUUGUGACCAGCGUAUUAUCUCUAUGUAACAUAAGCAUUAAUAGGUACAUCAUGGUCUGUAAACCUACCAAGUUUAAGGAUGUUUACACCAAGAGAAACGCCAUCAUAAUGAUUGCAGUGUCCACCUCUCUUGCCUUUGUACUUUCUCUUCCCCCGAUUUUCGGCUGGACCAAUUACAGCUAUGCCCCUAUCCAAUCCAUCUGCUUUAGUGAUUGGGCCAAAGCACCAUCCUACGCCAUUUUCAUGAUCUCGUGCUGCUUCGGUUGUCCACUCUUCGUGAUGCUGAUUUGUAAUCUGAUGAUUCUGCGCGAGGUCAGGAGAAGGAACAGAAGGGUCAUGAACCGUAAAAAGAUUCACUUUAAGGCGGUAGUCAACGUGAUAACGGGAGGUCAUAAUCUGAACAGAAAACUAACUCCGGCAACAUUCACAAACAUUGGGGAAACGUCUUCCGGCGGAAGUGACACAAUAACAAUCUGUAGUGAAAGCGAGGUUAUUGAAAAACAAGUCGUGUGUUCUAUUCCAUUGGAUGAUCUUUUAUCAACAAAAGAAGCAACAAACCGGGCAUUUCAAAUUCAGAUAAAAUCAACACCAACUGUUAAUGAAAGUCAUUGUGAAAAUGAGAAAGCUAAAAAGACAGAUAAAAGUCGAAUUAGUCAACCGCCAACUGUUUCUGCAAGUCGAAGCGAGAUUCAUCUAGCCCGGAUGUUGUGUAUCGUCGUCGUUGUUUUUGCAAUCUGUUGGUCACCGUAUUGCGUCAGCAUGUUGUUUACAAUAUACUGGCAAGAAAUAUUUCUACCUCGAUCAUUUCAUAUGACGACUUUAUUAAUAGGAUAUUUUAAUAGUUCUUGCAAUCCAAUAAUUUACGGAGUAUUAAACAAACGAUUCGGAAAAGAAUUUAGACGGAUUUUCAAUACGUUCCGACAAUGUUCAAACUAACACUGUUGUUCUAGACAUUUAUUUAUAAUAAUGACAAACUUAGUGGGUAUAAAAACUAAACUUACUUA